UCUAAGGGACUUUCGCGUUGGAUCCAGCUUGAUAAAAACAAGGAACGGCAGGCAGGCCGUGCAACCACAUAGCCCAUUCUUCCCGGCGAGGGGCUUUCUUUCUGACUCUCAGGGGUUUUAAGGUUCGGUUCUGUUGUGACCACUUGGUGUUCCGAUGAAGGACUCCUUGACCCUCCUGUCCCGCAUCCAGGCACACCCGGAUUCCCGUUGCUGGUUCCUAGCUUGGAAUCCUACAGGGACACUGCUGGCUUCGUGUGGUGGAGACCGUAGCAUCCGCAUCUGGGGGAAAGAAGGUGAUGCCUGGGUGUGCAAGUCCCUUUUGGGUGAAGGGCAUCAACGGACCAUCCGCAAGGUGGCCUGGUCCCCCUGUGGGAACUACUUGGCUUCAGCCAGCUUUGAUGCAACCACCUGCAUUUGGAAGAAGAACCAGGAUGAUUUCGAGUGUGCAGCGACUCUGGAGGGCCACGAGAAUGAGGUGAAGUCUGUAGCCUGGGCCCCGUCCGGCAGCCUCUUGGCUACCUGCAGCCGAGACAAAAGCGUCUGGGUUUGGGAAGUGGAUGAAGAGGAUGAAUAUGAGUGCAUGAGCGUCCUGAAUUCUCACACGCAGGAUGUGAAGCAUGUCGUCUGGCAUCCUAACCAAGAGCUGCUGGCAUCUGCCAGUUACGAUGACACCGUCAAACUGUAUCGUGAGGAGGAAGACGACUGGGUGUGCUUCAGCACCUUGGAAGGGCACGAAUCCACGGUGUGGAGUUUGGCUUUUGACCAGAGUGGAGAAAGGCUGGCUUCCUGUAGUGACGACAAGACCGUGCGCAUUUGGCGCCAGUUUAAGCCAGGCAACGAGCAAGGUGUGGCCUGUAGCAGUCCCGAUCCCAUUUGGAAGUGUGUUUGCACCCUCUCUGGCUUCCACACGCGGACCGUCUACGACGUGGCAUGGUGCCACCUGACAGGUGCCUUAGCCACCGCUUGUGGGGACGACGCCCUCCGGGUGUUUGAGGAGGAGCCCCUCUCGGACCCUCAUCAGCCCACCUUCUCCUUGGCUGCCCACGUGGCCCGAGCCCACUCUCAGGACGUGAAUUGCGUUGCCUGGAACCCCAAAGAGCCGGGCUUGCUGGCUUCGUGCAGCGACGAUGGAGAAAUGGCCUUCUGGAAGUACCAGCGCCCAGAGACCUGCUGAGUAUCUUCUUGUCUCCAGGGUGGGGUUCACAAGCACAGAUUCCCCC